GCAAGAAUCACAAAACAAGAGUGGACGUACACAGAUAACAACGACCAACAUAUUUUCCAUGCUCCAAUCUCUGAUUUGAUUGCUACAAUAGAUAUCAAUGGCGGAAGUCAAAGUAUGCUCGCUUUGCAGCUCCUGUCUACGCUUCUAAAUGAUUUCAAUUCGCAAGCAGGGAUGGAAUCAGUGAAUAAACACAGAAAAGGCAUCGCUCUAUUCCGUGACUCCCACAUUUUUGAAAUUUUCGAAACCUCCGUGUCGCUCUUGGAGGCUAUUUCACGAAAGGAUCUUGCUUCUUUGCAGAUGCCGUUUGUUCUUGCGGUUCUUGAUCUCUGCUUGAACACUCUGCUCUUUGACUUCAUUGGAAGCCUGUCUGACGAAACUAGCGAAGAUAAUUAUACUGUUCAAGUACCCACAAUCUGGCGAACAGCAUUCACUGAUGGCAAAUUAGCACUUCAAUUGUGUGAUCUGUGA